CGGAGUUCAAAGUUCCAGCCUUCGCCUCGUCGCUCUCGCCUCGACGACGACCAAAAAGCAGCAGUCGACCCCGACGCCCACACACCGCCCACAACAUGUCUUUCGCCGGUAGACGCAGAGGAAACAAGGUCAAGAAGGGUGUCCAGUUCACCGUCAUGGUAGUCGGUGCCUCUGGUACUGGCCGCACGACGUUCGUGAACACCCUGUGCGAGUCUGAGGUCCUGCCGCACAAGGUCUGCGACAGCCCGGACACUGCUCAUGUUGAGGAGGGUAUCAGGAUCAAGCCUGUCAACGUCGAACUGGAAGAGGACGGCGUUCGCAUUGCUCUCACCAUCGUUGACACUCCGGGCUUUGGCGAUAACAUCGACAAUGAGUUCGCCUUCCAGGAGAUUGUCGGCUACUUGGAACGCCAAUACGACGACAUUCUGGCCGAGGAGUCCCGUAUCAGGCGUAACCCGCGCUUCCGCGACAACAGGGUUCACGCCCUGCUGUACUUCAUCCCUCCCACUGGCCACUCUCUGCGCGAGAUGGACAUUGAGCUGAUGCGCCGGCUCUCGCCUCGUGUCAACGUCAUUCCUGUUGUUGGCAAGGCCGAUUCGCUCACUCCCAGUGAGCUCCGCGGCUUCAAGAAGCGGAUUAUGGAGGAUAUCGAGUACUACGAUAUCCCCGUUUACAACUUCCCGUAUGACGUUGAGGAGGAUGACGAGGAUACCAUCCAAGACAACAGCGAGCUUCGCGCCAUGAUGCCGUUCUCAAUCGUCGGUUCGGAGGAAGAGGUCGAGAUUGACGGCCAACUCGUCCGUGCUAGGAUCUACCCUUGGGGUAUCGUUGAGGUCGACAACCCGAAGCACACCGACUUCAGCCGUCUUCGGGGUGCCCUUCUCAACACCCACUUGGCCGAUCUGAAGGCCUUGACCCACGACGUACUGUACGAGACCUACCGUACCGAAAAGCUCUCGAGGACGGUCCACUCGGACACGCAGGAUUCUUCCAUUCUGCCCGAGGAGUUGGCUACACAGAGCGUGCGUCUCAAGGAGGAGCAGCUCCGUCGGGAGGAGGAGAAGCUUCGCGAGAUCGAACUUCGGGUGCAGCGCGAGAUCAACGAGAAGAGGCAGGAAUUGUUGGCGAAAGAGGAAUCACUCCGAAACCUCGAGAGUCGACUGGCCGCCCAGGGUUCGCAAUCCGAGUUCCGCGAGUGAACUCUUGCGCCAUCGUGAUGCCUGGGCGAAAAGCGGGACAGAGAGCCAGUAUACCCCUCUUGUCAGGACUGCUUGAGUUGCCUCGUCUAACCGACUUCGUACACGUGUUCCAUCUGGGCCUAGCAUUCGGAUAAUCUGUUGUGUUUCAGUCUGAUUUACGCUUGCUUCUCUUCCUCGUCGGUCCUUAUAGCGUUUCUUCCCGACUUACUCCCAUCGUGUUGUCGGCCGUAAUACGUGAUUACUACGCUCAUUUGGAUGUUAUGCUUAAUACCACUGUCUGCAGGCUGUAUGUGUGCAGAAUAUGUUGGUGCGUUGCCAUUGUGCCGUCUCGAGAGAUAGGGGCCCGAUGGGCAUGGUGCAUGCAUGGCGCAAGGGGCGGGAUGGCCGAUGCGGGGUGAUCGUGCGAGCAAU